CUCUCUCUGUCUGUCUGCGGACUGCCCUGCUGCUCCACCGGCUCUGCUGUAGCUGUGCCGUGUCAGUGGAGGAUGUUAUUGUAGUCAUAUUUAAAAGAGGAUAAAAAAAAAUAAUCGGGAAGAUGCGCCUGGAGGGGGGACGUCACGUUUUCCGAGGGAGCGACAGUGUGGAGAGUCUGUGACCGAGCCAGGGAGCCGAAUAUGCGGCACUGUCCAGCUCUGCACGUCGGGCUACAGCGUCGGAUCUUUACCGGAUAAACGUGGAUAAACCUGAUGGGGUUUUUUUUGUAGAUACACAGAGGAUUUUAUUUUCAUCGCACCACGUUUCAGUGGAAAUCUGGAUGAUCCUCCAGUCACGCCACCCCGGACCCCCACACCGGUUUAAUGGGAUCAGGACCUAAAAUAAACACAGGGAGGCAUCUGUCAAAGUUUAAACAAGUCUCAUUGGAAAAAUUGGACUUUUAAGCCACAAUUGGAUAUUAAAUCAUUACUUGAGAGUGGCUGUUUUUCUGCGUGUAUGUUAAAUUUAGUGGAGGUAGGGUUAUUUUAGAUCUCCAAUUAGAGUAAUAGAGCAAACUAUUAUUAGAGUUCCGGUUGGAGACUGACUCCUGCAAUAGCCGAUCAUUUAGCCUAAAUGCAACAAGAUUGGCUGAAGUUAUUGUUCCAGCACUGAGGAUGCCACCAUGGGUGUCCUAUCAAGGAAGGGAGACUGGAGAAUGAACGCGAUAUUUCUGCGUCUUUAAUCAGAAGCGAAAGAAGGAGACAAGUCACCUUUUUUGGGGUUGGAUUGGACCAAAAAAAAAUUUGCGUGCCCCUUGGACUCCUGCACAAUGGGGAUUAUGCUUCAAGUUAUUCUAGGAAUGUUUCAAUUCCUGCUGCUCACCAGAAUACCGACGUCCCAUGCCAAGCUUGCUCACUGGCGGCCAGCAGAUUCCCCAAAAUCCAGGGAGGGCCGAGAAGUGCGGCGGUGGUUGGAGGUUUAUUCCCGGAGCGGCUGUGAGCCUCGGGACACUCUGGUGGAGGUUUGGCGGGAGUUGCCGGGCGAGACACACCAUCUCUUCGUCCCAUCCUGUGUGUCAGUGAGGCGAUGUGGUGGCUGCUGUGCUGACGAGGCCCUGGAGUGUGUUCCAUCGCUCACACACACACUCACCAUGGAGCUGAUGAGAACCUCCUUCAUGAAACACGAGCUCAUCGAGCUGCCGUUUGUCGAGCACAGCCAGUGUGAGUGCAGAUUAAAAGAACAAUUUCAGCCAACACCUACAACAAGGCCCUCUCUGAAGCGAAGAAGAUCAGACAAGAAAAAGGAAAGAGGAAAAUCCAAAAAGAAAACAGUUGGAGCCAUCAGAGCUGUGACCCACGCUCCCUCAACUCUUCCUCCACCAUCCUCUGCUCCUCCUCCUCCUCCUCCUCCACCCACCAGCCUUUCUCCUUCUCCAUCACCAUCUCCGAGGCCUCGUUGCCGCCCAUGCAGAGGGAGGAAGUGGGCAUUGGACGCGACGUCUUGUCAGUGCCACUGCAUCAUCAAAGCUGAGAGCUGCAGCCGAAAAGACCGGAGGCUCAACACGAAACGCUGCAAGUGUGAGGCCAUGAGGACUUGAUGUGUGAUCCUCACUGUCUUUUCACCUCCUUCUUUCCAUCAACCCCUGUCGACUCAUCGCCCACUCAGCAUCAGUGCCAUAGAGCAUACAGACGCUUGGACAUCUGGUAACCUCAGACCGAAGGAAACAUUAGCAGCAGCACACACAACAACCUGCAGUGGUGCUCUUAGUUAAGCAACAAGUGCGGCAUUUUGAAUAUAGAUCUACUUGUGUCUUCAGCCAAAUAUCUGCCCACCUCCUCUGUUCCUGUGACAAAGCUCCUGUCAGACCACAUGUACAGACAUGCAGAGUCACAAAACACGUCCCAUGAGUGGAGGUAUGACGUGGCAGCUUAAUGGCGGCUUUGAGAGACGUGCAUUUCAGACAAAACAUCUCUUGUUGGACACAAUUACAUGUGCUCCUGCUCUCCUGUGGUUUGGAGGUUCUUUGGGUGUGCAGUAGAGAGCAGUGGGAACACAUGUGAUCCAAGAACAAUGGAUAUAGAGUGGAUCUGUCUUAACACAGGUGUCCUACGUGUUGAGGUUGUGGUGGUUGUGGUACAAGUUGUGGUUUGUUGUUCGCAGGCAAACUGCACGUGGAAGCGGAUUCCAGAGUAAAGUCAAGGCCGAUUUUUGGGUGGAGGAUUUGCAUAACAACAGCAACAGAUUAUAGAUGGACCCGUCCACAUUCAGACAUACCAGAAGGACAGAGGACAUGCACAUAAACUGGCACCCCAGUGUGUGUGGACCUAUAGUUGAGCUGAAUGCUUGGAUGUAGAAUAUCUGUGUGGUCUCCCCACUGAAAGCCCCAGAUGGGAUAUCCCUGCAGCCGUUCCCUCUCAUUCAAAGCGUAUGACCACAGGGCUGGCUCUCCAAGCCGCUUUCCGGCAUUUGUUUAAUUUGGGCCUUUUGUCUCCAUCUUCCCUCGGCUCCUCGAUUGAAAGCAGCCGCUUUGCCUCUCUUUGCCUCGCUUUGCCUCUCUUUUAGGCAGUGAGGAGAAUGACAAUAAUGAGGCCUGGCGGCUGUCCACUGCUUCACACACGAGCAUUCACACUUAUAAUACCAGGAACACAGACGACACUGCAAACACAGACACACACAGUCUCACUCACUGUGUGCUAUAGCAGGCACACAUUCAUAUUUACACACACACACACACACACACACACACAUACACAUUAACUUUGAAAUGAAUGCAGGUAGCCAGAAGCAUUUGUUUGUGCCACACCAAGUGUGCAGAUAUACGACAGUUGUUUAUAUUUGCAAUUUACUGCAAAGUCUUCAUUUAAUAUUGUAUUAUAAGCCUCUGUUUUAUAUUUUAUUAUAAUUCUGUCACGUUGAUUGAAAAGAUAUUCUAUAUUGCAGAAUGUGCGUCUUUGUUUUGUUUGUUCAUCUUUAAUCCGUCUGCAUAAAGAGUCACGCUGGGUGGCCGGCUAUGUGUACACCCGGCAUCUAAACCGAUACGCAAAUGUAUUGAAUUCAAACAGACACGGCUCACACGGGCCACAAAUGGGAGACUAUAUACAUUAUAAUGUGUAAGUCAAACAAUCAGCGGGGCAGUGUUGUCUGCAGCACACAGAAACCAAGCAUAUAGCCAUUCCCAGUGCAGUGAAAGGAAAACAUGGCUGUUUUUGUUGCAUGUUAGAGCCGGGAUGGAAAGAGUAUUAUUCAUGUGGAACAUAACUUGUUUAUAUUCUGACUGAAUCUCACGGUUUAACUCCAUGUUAGUUCAUGGCUGCUUGGCCGCCGGGUGGGAACAGGGAUCUGAACUGUGACUGUUUCAGAAAGGAUGAGGUCUUGAGCGGCUUGUCAGUCAGCAUGACGGGCAUAAGCCAGAGCUCAGAGGACCCAUAAUGGCAGGUCAUUGAGUUUAAACCUAUUUUUGAUGCUCAUUCAGACCUUUUCUCCUGUGCUAAAUUUUACUGAGAACAUUUUGCUGCUGACUUCUUGUCCCAAUGACAAACAAUAGCUUUGAGGCUCCAUGAUUCAUGUCCGUACUAUCCCCAGGAUUCAUAUGAUCCCGCUGAUUGAAACAGUCCAGGGUCUGAAUUAUUUGUGUCUCAGCCUUGAGCUACAGAACUUUGUUUCCGCGGCUGUUGUGAUAAGCUCUGUAUUUAUACUGUCCUGCGAUGAGAUUAUUUUUUUCUUUUGCUUGAGUCCGUUGUUCAGUGUUUGUUAUUACUGUCAAUCAAUGCUUCAAUCACUACCUCUAUAUCGCAGCAUAUUAAUGACCGAGUAUUAGAGCGUUGUUGUUACUUUCCCUGUGUUUUUUCCAGACCUCCUCUUAGAUAAUAAUGUUUUUAUUUACAUAGCAAUAAGCAGUGUAGAGAUGUGUGGAGCUGCAGCAGAUCUGUAGUGAUUAUCACUGGUUUAGAGGAACCUUCAGGAGCUUUUUGUAUGUGUCUCUGAGGAGACUGAACUGGUCCUCUGAGUACAGACCAGACACUGUGUGAUAAUGUGGAACAGGAUGUGGUUUCCCAAAGCGUUUGUAGCCUCAAACGACUGGUGAUCUUUUGCUUUUAAAGGAAUAAUUUGAGAUUUGGAAAUAUACUUAUCUGCUUUUGUGCUGUGGGUCUCGCUGUGUCUCAGCUUGGAUACUUUCGUCAGUACACUUCAAUGUAGUCCACUGUGUACAGUAUGUAGUGACUUCAAUAGCGUGUCAGUCAUAACGGGCGUGUUGUCUCAAAUCAAACACAGCUGUUAGGCACACUUUUCAGAAAUGGCAGCAUUUCACAAUCUCCUCUUCUUCAUCUUCUUCUUCUUCUUCUUCCUCUUCUUCUGUUCCAUCAUCUUUGGAUGAAGCAUUACUACCUACAAUUGACUGUAACUACCCGCCAAAGUAUCAUCCGGCUUGAAGUGUCCAACAUUCACCACUCAACUUUUUGACCAUUAAGAAUACCGGGUACUCACAGUGCAUUAAAUGUAGCCGUACUCUUCAGUGUGAACACAUUUAUGCACUCAAAAAAGCAAAUGUGGGGCACUCAUUAGCUCACUUGGUAGAGCGGGCGCCCCGUGUACAGAGGCUGUGUUCUCGCAGCGGUGGUUGAAUAAUUAAACUUAAUCAAUACUGUCUAAUAAAAAGGCAAAAAAGCCACAAAAAUAAUCUUAAAAAAACAAAAAAGCAAGUGUAAGUACAGAAGGUUGUGUAAAUAGACACUGCAAUAGAAGAAAAGAUCAAAACCACUCUCAUGUCUGUACGGUAGAUGGAGCCAGCAGCAAGUUAACUUCGCUUAGCACAAAAACUGAAAACAGAGGGAAACAGCUAGCCUGAUUGUCAAAAAAAAAAUAAAGUCACUAGUUAACAUGUAGUUUACUCCUCUUUUUGUUUUUAAUAUGAGCUUGAGUAUUUUGGUACGUGUGGAAUUCCCUUUAUUCCCUUAGGUUAACUCGUUAACAUGUUUGCAUUUUGUUCAAUCUGUUUAAAAACUGAAUCGUGAAAAAGACGAGUUGUGGUUUUACCAAUUUCUGAACCCAACAGGUGAUCCAACGGAUAUCUGACCCAAGACUUUCCCUUCCAUGCACCAGCUAUUUCAGCUGAUAUAUUUCCAGAUGUCUGCAUAUGAAUGCAGAUACAUUUCAUGAGAGCUGAUAUAAAACUAACUCGUUGUCAGAUGAUUGCUGAUGGGUUCAGAGAUUGUACUUCGGCCAAUGUGUUCUUCAUCUCCACACGUCUCCCUACCUGCCGUUUAAACGGAAUUGGUCAACAUUACUCAGACUACAAAUGAAAAACCAAAAUGCUUCCCAAACAGGAAUCUUAUCCUGUCACCUACAGGAAGAAAUUAGGUUUUUAUGGGGGGUUAUGAGCCAAACUGUUUGUUGACUUUGAACAUUUGCAACCAGCAGAGACUCCAGAAAGUCAGUGUUCCCAACAAAGAUAUUAUCAAGCUCACACAGUAACUCCCCAUAAAAACGUAAAUGCACAAAUUGUGUUUUUUUUUACUUUACACAGAUUGAGUAAGAGAGAGAUAACAUACUACAAAGUGAUCUUUAGAGGUACUUGUAGAUGAAUUAUGUACGUUUUGGAUGGAGCUGGGCUAGCUGUUUCUUCUUGUUUUAAGUCUUCAUGCUAAGCUAACUUAACCAGCUGCUGGUCUAGCCAUAUAUUUACAGAGAGCAGUAUCAAUCUUCUCAGUGAAUUUCCCAAAAAAUGUCACAAAUCUUUUAAGAAUUUCUUACUCACUUUGAGCUAUUCAUGCUCAAGCAUUUAUUUUCCCCAAUUUUCCUUCCUUCAUGUCUUGACAAUGUUGCAUUUUGUGGACAAAUGUUUUGGGAAACCCGAGAGUCCCUGAGCCUUGGUACAGAUUGCACUUGUGUUUGAGAUUGCAAAGCACAUACUGUACAUUAGUCCACUAGGAGGAAAAAAAAAACGAAUGGAGCAAAUGGGCUCAGAAUGAAAAGCUCCACUCAUGCAGACAUGUACGACAUAUCUAAGACAUUCCACGUGAAGAGUUGUGGCACUGAGAUCACUUUUUAAAGGCUUCUUGUGACCAAAUUUUCUUAUUUCAAAGUACAAAUUCUGAACAUCAUUUCAACAUCACAACUCUUCAAGAAACACAGCUUGGACA